AUGCAGACCCGCACAAAGGGGAAGACCAUCACACGAACUCAGCAGCCAAAUUCACUCCCCUGUGCCCUUGACAAACUGGAAUCUGUUGCAAGGACGGGAGUCGAAGAUCGAGAAGCAAGCCGCCCACCCAAACUUGAGGGGAGAGGCUGGCGAGUUGGGAAGGGGGCACGGCGGGUUGGGGAGAAGAGGGUCAGCCUCAGCCCCAGCCCCACACACGGCCGGGGAUCGGGCUGGGGGUGUCAUCACAUUGUCCCAUACACGGAUGGGACGCCAAGGCAAGGGCGCUUAAUCUGUGACCGGUUGCGCCUCUGCAGAAGGCAACGUCAAUGAACUGCGUGCGAUCGUCAUUCGUCUGCGCCGUUCUCAAGUGGACAUGGCCUGGUGGCGUCUCUGCUGUUUGAUAGCAUUUAUCUGACUAAGUUCUUUCGUAAGCCGGGCCAACCAUGCAGCAGGAGAAGCUGAAGUGCAAGAACCUCCAUGAGUACAUGAGGAGUCUCAGCCCGGCCAUCCUCGACAAGCUGUACAAUCACCCGGCCACCUGCCUGGCCGUCUUCAGGGAACUGCCGGAGCUGGCUCGGAACUACGUGAUGCGACUGCUGUUCCUGGAUCAGCCCUUGCCCCAGGCUGGCAUCGCCUUCUGGGUGAAGAAGGAUAGCCAACGCGACCACAACGACUGCAUGAGCAUCCUGACGGGACUACGACUCUGGCAUUCCCAGCAGCUCCCCGGUGGGCUCCAGGGCCUGAUCCUCAAUCCAAUCUUCAAAGAGAACCUGCGCAUUGCACUGCUCGGUGGGGGUAAAACAUGGGCAGAUGACACAAGCCAGCUGGGACCAGACAAGCACGCUCGAGACAUCCCCUCCCUGGACAAGUACGCUAUGGAACGGUGGGAGGUCAUUCUGCACUUCAUGGUGGGCUCUCCCAGCGCAGCGGUCAGCCAGGACCUGGCUCAGCUCCUCAUUCAGGCCGGGCUGAUGAAGAGUGAAGGGACGGAGGCUCCGUGCAUCACGUCCGCAGGGUUCCAGUUCCUUCUGCUUGAUACCUCGUCCCAGCUCUGGUACUUCAUGCUGCAGUACCUCCAAACAGCCGAGUCCAGAAAGAUGGACCUGGUUGAGAUCCUGUCCUUUGUGUUCCAGCUCAGUUUCUCCACGCUGGGCAAGGAUUACUCCGUGGAAGGGAUGAGCGACUCCCUGCUGACCUUCCUGCAGCACCUGCGGGAAUUUGGGCUUGUCUUCCAGAGAAAGCGUAAAUCCCGGAGGUUUUAUCCCACACGGCUGGCCAUUAACCUGGCAUUGGGUGUGUCAGGCAGCGCGAUUGACAUGCAUCGUCAGGGCUACAUCGUCAUGGAGACCAACUACAGGAUCUACGCCUACACCGACUCUGAGUUGCAGUUGGCUCUCAUUGCGCUCUUCUCCGAGAUGCUUUACCGAUUCCCCAACCUGGUGGUGGCCCAGCUGACCCGAGAGAGUGUGCAGCAGUCCAUCGCCAAUGGCAUCACCGCCGAGCAGAUCAUCCACUUCCUGCGGACGAGAGCCCACCCCAUCAUGCUGAAAGAGAACCCAGUGCUUCCUCCGACAAUCACCGACCAGAUCCGACUGUGGGAGAUGGAGAGAGACCGUCUGCGGUUCACGGAAGGUGUGCUCUACAACCAGUUCCUCUCCCAAGUGGACUUUGAGCUGCUGCGGAACUACUCCCGGGACCUGGGCGUCCUGGUGUGGGAAAACCCAGGCAAGAGGCUGAUGGUGGUGACACCCGAGGGCCAUCCCGACGUGAAGCGCUUCUGGAAGAGGCAAAAGCACAGCUGAAGGGCUGGUGAGGGGUGACAGGGUGUGACCUCCCCACUCCCUCCAAUGUGGGCGUUUGGUUUGGUUGGGGGGGCCAGAGGCUGCAGCUACCAACAACCCCGCCCUGCCCCCCCCUUGCCCAAGCACUGUGGGGCAACAGCAAGAUGCACCCAGAAGGGACGUCCGAGUAACCUGAGUCGCCAGGACAGGUGAGAGAACCGCCCCACAACUGGAGAUCACAAGCCCCUCAGGAGACAGAAAGGACUGACCCCGCUGCCCCCCCUCCCCACCUCCCCGGGAACCACUGCGCUGUUUCUGUGUGUUUUGUAUUUUCCUAAUAAAACAUUAAAGAGGAGAGGUCUUUAAUUCAAGGCAUUU